AUGGCUGAUACUGGGAACGGCCCCAAACCUAGCAGCAGCGUCAAGCUGGUGCUUCUCGGUGAGGCUGCUGUGGGAAAGUCCUCCUUGGUCCUGCGCUUCGUCAACAACGACUUCCAGGAAAAUAAAGAGCCCACUAUCGGUGCGGCGUUCCUGACUCAAAAAUGCAAUCUUCCUACGCGGACAAUUAAGUUCGAGAUUUGGGACACCGCCGGCCAGGAGCGGUUCGCCUCCCUUGCCCCCAUGUACUACCGAAAUGCCCAGGCUGCUUUGGUCGUCUACGACAUCACAAAACCCACAUCGCUCAUCAAAGCUAAGCACUGGGUCGCUGAGCUGCAACGACAGGCGUCUCCCGGCAUUGUGAUUGCGCUUGUCGGCAACAAACUCGAUCUGGCCAGCGAAUCUGCUGGUGGUGAUAACGGCGACGACGGCGACGACUCGGGCGACGCCCGCAAGGUACCCACAGAAGAAGCCAAGACCUACGCCGAAGACGAGAGCCUGCUCUUUUUUGAGACCAGUGCCAAGACUGGCGUGAAUGUGACGGAGGUGUUCACAGCCAUUGCCAACGCGAUCCCGGAGACGUCUUUAAAGAGCGCCCGCGGCGCCGGUACUACCAACAACACAGCCAGUCGCCCCGGGGAGGAGCAGAGGGUCAAUCUCGGAAACCCGCAAGAGGCCGGGUCGAAGGAUGGAUGUGCUUGUUAA